UCGACGGUCGAUUGGUGUUGGGAGUUGGGACAACGUCGCUGCGACGAUCGACUGCGGAAACGCAGAUCCUGCACUGGCAACAAAAGGAUCGGGUCGCGGCGAAGUGCGAUUUGAUUUGCAAAGCGGGGAGUUCUUUUUUUUUUGGAAUGACAAGUUGAAAACAAUAUAUCGACUCUGAUUUCGCCGGCUUGUCUCCGUCGGUUAUUUGUUUUCCGGACGCCGACUCUCUUUUUCUCACCCUUCCCUCUCAUCCGAGAGUUUCUAUUUUCUUCCCCUUCAAUGGCGGCCAAUUCGCACAGGGGCGGUUCUUUCUACGGUGAUGCGGCCCCUUACCGAUCCAGACAAGGGCUUAGCACGAGACCGGUGGCUGGUUCCGAUGAAAUCCAAUUGAGCAUCGAUCCUAUGGACUUGGACGAUGAGAUCAGCGGUCUUCACGGCCAAGUUAGGAGGCUGCGACAUGUUGCUGAGGAGAUAGGGACAGAAGUGAGAUAUCAGAAAGACUUUUUGGAAGAGCUGCAAAUGACAAUGAUAAAGGCUCAAGCUGGGGUGAAGAAUAAUUUGAGAAGAUUGAACAAGAGCAUAGUUCAAAACGGUUCAAAUCAUAUCCUCCAUGUUGUUGUUUUUGCGUUGGUAUGUUUAUUUAUUGUGUACCUGUGGUCCAAAAUGUCCAGAAAAUAAGACUACAGGGAUGCGCAGCUUCCAGGUUGAAAGAAUGACUACUAAAGAGCUUCCUUGGACGCUAACAUGAUGCUUGAUUCUGCUGUGAAGAUCAUUUCCAUGACUAUGGAGGGGUUCGCAUGUCUUACUCUUUUCUUUAUACGUAUGUGUGGUAUUUAGUUAAAUGAAGGGUUCUUUAUCAAAUUAAAUGUCGUGCCUAUAUAUUUAUAUCACUUCUCAUCGUGUUGAUCGUAGAAUAUCUUUACCCAUUAUACUCUUGCCUGGCUUCUAUAUUUCUCAGGCGUUUCUUUUUCAAUUUCCAAAUUCUUUACACAA